AUGCUACUCCGGCCACGGCGGCCUGCUCCGCUCGCGCCCUCCGCGCUGCCGUCGCCAGCUAGCCCCGACUCCGACCUUCAGCCGGCCGAAGACGAGCCGGGGACGCCUCUCGCGGAUCCGGCGACGCCGAGCGCGCUGGCGGCACCUGAGUCGCCCAAGUCGCCCGUGUCCCCGGGCUCGGCGCAGCGCACGCCCUGGAGCGAACGCGAGACGGAGCUCCUGCUGGGCACACUGCUGCAGCCUACCGUGUGGCGCUCGCUGCUGCUGGAUCGCCGCCAGGCCCAGCCCACCUACCGCCGCGUGUCAGCCGCGCUAGCCCGCCAGCAGGUGCGGCGUACGCCCGCGCAGUGCCGCCGCCGCUACAAGUUCCUCAAAGACAAGCUUCGCGACGCGCAAGGCCAGCCGUCCGGGCCCUUCGACGCGCAGAUCCGUGAACUCAUGGGCCUGCUGGGCGACCACGGACGAAGGCGCGUCCGCCGCCGCCCCGCGGGACCCGGGCGCCCGCAGCGGGGCAGACGCCGGGCUUCUGCAGUGCCUGCGCGCUUCCUCGAGGAGCCAGGCGGAGCGCCGCAGCCAGCCACCCGAGACCCCGACGCAGACCCCGCCUGCCUGCUCAGAUUCAACCCGUCCUCACCGAGAUCUGCAGAGCCUUGUUUCGCCCCGGGCUCCUCGAUGGCUCACGCCCCGUCAGCCUUCCGAACCUUCGUCGCCGAUCCGGCCCAAGCCCCGGGAACCCCACCCCCGCCGGACCCAGAUCCCUCCCCAGAGGGCCCCAACACCCCGCCUUCUCGCCCCGAUGACAGCACACCCCCGCAACUACCGCCACCUACGCUAAAUUCCGCGCUGCUUCAGACCUUAACACACCUCGGUGACAUCGUAGCGAUCCUGGGCCCACUCCGUGACCAGCUGCAGGCCCUCAACCAGCACGUGGAGCAGCUUCGGGGCUCCUUCGACCAGACCGUGUCCCUCGCUGUGGGAUUCAUCUUGGGCAAUGCGGCCGCCGAACGGGGUGUCCUGCGGGACCUGCACAUGUGA